GUGACGUAGGCAGAAGGUGGGGCGCGAGCUCCACCCCCCUUCUUCCGCCCGCCCUAGCGCUUGCGCGCGCCCCGUGCCGGCCGCCAUCUUGUGGCGAGGGGCUCGCUGAGGCGGCGCAGCGCUGCAGAAUGGAGAACUAUAAGAAGACCAAAAUUGUAGAGAAGCCUUGCCCUCAGCCUUUCACCAACCUGCCCCCUGAUAUUAUUGAAAUGAAAGUGAAGGAUGGGAGCAAAAUCAGAAAUCUGAUGGGCUAUGCCAUCAGCAAGAUGGAGCUGGACUCUGUGAGACAGAUUCUUUUCACUGGCUCAGGCAAGGCUGUCAGCAAGACCAUUACCUGCGUGGAAAUCAUGAAACGAAGGCUCAAAGAGCUGCACCAGAUCACCAAAGUGCUCUUCAAACAGAUUGAAGAGAUCUGGGAACCCAUUGUGCCUGAGGCAGGCCUCGAUGCCUUGACAGUGAAGAGAAACAUUCCUGCCAUAUGUGUCCUACUCAGCAAAGAUGCCCUCGAUCCUCAGGAGCCAGGAUACCAGGCUCCAGGCUCUUUUGACGCCUUCUGGAUUGAGACGCUUCAAGCUGAGUCCCAAGGCCAGAUGAAGAGGAAGCAGCGUGGAAGCCAGGGAGCUGGCAGCACAGGAAGGCACCCUCAGUCUGCUGGAGGAGCGCCUGGGGAGUCCUGCGCUAAGUCCUGAGAUACUGGCACUGCGUUUGGGUGUAAUUUGGGGGAGUUACAGAAACAAGCCAGCUGCUGUAGCUGGGAAGCUGUUGCUGAACACAGGGGCUUGCAGGGGAGGGCAGGAGAGGUUAACUGUGUGAAAAUGGAUGUGGCUGUAACUGUCUGAAACUGUGUUUUGGCAAGUUCCCUUGUCAAAGGCUGCCAGGCUGUGCUCCUUCACAUGUGGUUCGGGGAGGACACGAGUCACCUCUGCUUGACCAAGAACUGUUUGCGUCUUGUCAGUGAGCUGCGGCAAACGGCCGCUCACUGAAUGCAGUUUCAGCUGCUUGGGGUGGUACAGCAGCCCAGGCAGCAGGUGUGCGUGCCAGGCUGCUUUUGUGGUGGUGGGUGGAGGUGACUUGCUGUGGUACAGAGGGGAGAUGUGGAUUCUCCUGGCUGCCACCUGCAUCACCAGAGCUCUUGUGAGCGGGCGUGGGGCUGGGUUGGCUACUUCUGUGCUUCAGAGUCCCAUCUGCUGAACCUGUCAGGCAGUUUGAUUGUUGGACUGCAGGGAUACAACUCCAUCUGCGAUUGUGUGCAUGUAGUGCCCUUUCUGUCCUCCUUUCCCCUUGGUGGAGCUGACAGUUACACUUACCUCUGCCAAAGUGGCAGGAGUCAACUUGUAACCAGCCUGAAAUCCUGUAGUUGUGCAAGGGCCCUGGGAUUGUGGUAAUGGUAAGCUCCAAAGGGCCCUGUUCUUGCCCCUUUCUGCUCCAUUACAAUGCACAGAGAUGUGUUUUAAAAUAAAGUUUCCUCUUCACGCAA